UUAUUUUUAUUUAAAGAGCAUGAAAGAGUUUCACUAUUGAUGAUGAAAGGAUGGGGGGAUAGACAAAGGUCAUACAGUGAAGUGAGAUUGCUGUUCAAUGAAAACUUUCGUAAUGAAGGCGAAGGUAUUACAACAUCGACUGUAUCUCGCACUAUCAGACGAUUUGUAGAAACUGGGAUUAAUAAAAAUCGCCAAAAAUCUGGGAGGCCAAGGUCCCAAACGACAGAAGAGCGACAGUUUGAAGUAACCCAAUCAUUUGUUGAAAAUCCCAGAUUGUCAAUUAGAAAAGCAUCUCAACAGCUUCGAAUGAAAGUUAUGAUGCAAAGAAUUAUUCAGCAACCGAACUUUUUGCAUAAUAUCGUUUUUUCAGACGAAGCGUCUUUUGAAAUUACUGCAAGAUGGGGCACCGCCACAUUAUGGACGCAUUGUUUGGAACUAUUUAAACGAUACUUUUCCUAAUCGAUGAAUAGGUAGAAGAGGAAUAAUCGAAUGGCCACCGAGAUCGCCCGACAU